AUGCAGGCGUGCGGGGCCGGCGCGGCGGGACGCCGGGCCUUCGACAGCAUCUGCCCCAAUACGCUGCUGGAGACGCGGGGCCGCCCCCCGGGCAAGCCCGGGAAGCCGGACGCGAAGUUCGCGCCUCCGCGGAAGUUGUUCCCGGGCUGCGGCGGCGCCAGCCCGGUGUCGGUGUACCGGGACCCUCCCGCGGAGCCCGCGGCGCUGCCAGCUCUCACCACCAUAGACCUGCAGGACCUCGCCGACUGCUCCUCGCUGCUCGUGGCCCACGCGCCUCCCAGCGGUGGCUCAGCCGCCCCGCAGAACCACUCCCUGCAAACCGCAGCUGACUUGGAUCUGCAGGAUUUCAGAGACACAGUGGAUGAACUCAUUGCAGACUCAUCCUCUUUGAUGUCGCCCCCCCUGGCCGAGGGAGACUUUCCCUUCUCUCCUUGCGACUCGCUGUCGUUCGGGCCCUGCCAGUCCCCCCGGCUGGACGCCCCCGCCCUGCAGUCGCGGCCGCCGUGCCUUGCCGAGGUGCCCCCGCCGCCGCCGCCGCCGCCGCCGCCGCCGGAGCAGUACUGGAAGGAAGUGGCGGACCAGAACCAGAGGGCGCUAGGGGACGCGCUUGUGGAAAAUAAUCAAUUGCACGUGACGCUGACUCAGAAACAGGAGGAGAUCGCUUCCCUCAAGGAGCGCAACGUGCAGCUGAAGGAACUCGCCAGUCGGACACGGCAUCUGGCCUCAGUGCUGGAUAAGCUGAUGAUCACGCAGUCCCAGGAUUGCGGGGCGGCGGCCGAGCCCUUCCCGCUCAGGGCCACGGCCAAAAGGAGCCUGGAGGAGCUGCUGAGCGCGGCGGGUCAGGACUGCGAGGAGGUGGACGCCAUUCUGAGGGAGAUUUCCGAGCGCUGCGACGAGGCCCUGCAGAGCCGCGACCCCAAGCGGCUGCGGCUCCAGCCCGCGCCCCCGAGCCAGGAGCGCAGGCCGGGGAACCUGCACGGUGCCUUCCGCGGGCUGCGCACCGACUGCAGCCGGGCGGCCUUGAACCUGAGCCACAGCGCGCUGGACGAGGGCGGCUCCUUCAGCACCCCCAUCCGCAGCCAUGGCACCAUCCGCACUCUGGCUUUCCCGCAGGGCAACGCCUUCACCAUCCGGACAGCCAACGGGGGGUACAAGUUCCGCUGGGUCCCUAGCUGACUUGGGACCCCCCGCCUCCGCCGCUGCCCCGUACCUUCACUGAAGUACUGGGAGGCGGCAGCAGUGACCCUGUUUCUUGAGCCUGACUUCUCAGAA